AUGGCGGGGCGGUGGGAGCCGCUCAGCGCGCAUCCGACGGCGAACUUCGCGGUGCAGGCCGCGAUCGCGACGGCGCGGACGCCGCAGCAGGUCGAGGGCAUGGCCGCGGAGCUCUGCGAUCACUUCCCGGCCCUCAUGCGCGGCAGCCGCGCCGGCGUCGUCGCGGCGCUGGUCGCCGGGAGCCAGCGCCACGCCGCUGCCUGCAAACAGGUGGCCAAGGCGCUGUCCAGCGCCACGAUGGAGCUCGGACGGCUGUCGAGCAGCAGCGAGAUGGUCCCGUGGAUGCUGUUCAUGGGGCACAAGGUGCGCCACGCCCACGCUGCGCCAUGCCGCGUGUUUCAACAUGUCAGGCGAUGGCGAGCGUGGCGUCUGAUCGCGGUCGCGUUGGCGCGCGCUGCAGGGACCAGUUGCGUCGGUCGCGGAGACGCUCGGGGAGAUGCCCAAGGGCGAGCGCCACAAGGGGAAGAAGAAAAAGAAGGACAGUGA